UAUCCGUAGAUAAAUAUACAUACGAAUAUUAUGAGUAAAUGGAAAUGGUUUCUAGUUUAAUGAAGAAAAGUUUCACGUUUCGCUUGCAUUUUUUAAAAUUUUCUUGGUCAACUUUCAAGUAGUUGAAUAGAGUUGUAAGAUAUUCAGCAUAAUACAUUAAACAUUUUGGCCAAGAACGUGAUAUUAUAUGUUGGCAUUUGUUCACGUGUAGAAUUAUUGUGAAUGGGAGAUAAAUGAUGUACAAUGCUGUUCUUAAGUCGUAUAGCAAUUAUUUGUGUGCAUUUUUUGAUUAUUGCUCAAAAUAAACAUACGAUAAAUGGCCAAGGCGUGGAAAAUGAAAGUGAUAAGUCAGUUCUAUCGGCAAGUCUUUAUUCAAAGAUAUUUAAGGAACGCCGUAAUGAGCAUCACACAGUAAUAAAAAAAAUGAUUGCAUCAGAAAAUUAUGAAAAAAACUUUAAGCUGCUAAAGCUAGCGUACGGCAAAAUCUUUCAACUUAUCAGGGACAAUAAUAUUACAAUAACAUCAUAUGCCUAUGAACCAUUACGGGAUGGAUUUGCUCCAAAUAGUGAUUUACAGGAGGCAGUCAGCAUAGUUAUGGAAAACUGUUGCAUAGCUGCCGAAAGUCUGAUACAUUUUCCAGAAAUAAGUUAUAGAAUUUUUGGUAAACAGUAUUCGAAAUGGAAAUUGAUGCUGAAUUGGUGUUAUGAGAGAUUAACGAAGAGUUUCGUAACCCUGACUAUGUAAAUCCUUACCAUGAAGCACCUAAACAUCAAGGAGAAAAAAAGGAGAAUAAACGCCAUAAGAAGUUUAAGAAAGGUCCAUCUUUGAGCGGAAGUAAAACAGAGCUAUAAAAUUUUUAGUUUGCAUUGUAUAUUACGUAUAAAUCCUAAAGUAAAAUGUAAAAU